UCCAUCCCAGGGCCAGUCGUAGUCCUCUCUGGAGGUGAACAGAUGGCUAGGGAGGGAGGAGAUGAGGGGCUGGGAGGCAGAGAAGUCAGUGCGCAACUGGCCACAGGACCCAUCCUCUGGGCGGAGCAUGAAGCACUUACGACAGAUUUUUGUCCUGUGGGUCUUCUGGGUGGUUCUCUUGUGGCUGAUGGCCCCCUGCCUGGAUCUCAGACCUGAAUCAGCCCCCCAGGAGAAACUGAUGGUCUUGGUACCACAGCAUUGCAACCGCCCCUGGCUCCAACUCAGGACAAGUGGCUGCCGAUCCGAGACGCUAAACUCCUCCCUCUGGCAGCACGGAGCUGGAGAACGGACAUGGUUUGCUGCCCGCUAUGAGAAGACCGUGGAGUACCUGAUGGGGACGACAGAGUCUCUGACCCCUGACACUGUGCUCUGGUGGUUGGGCAUGAACUCAGAAAAUGGGCUUGGCAAAAUGUGGGAGAAGCUGUUCAAGGUGAUUCCCAGGCCCUCAGUGAGCCAUUUCCAUCUCUACUGUGGGACUUGUGCUUUGGUGGGGAGCCCCAAGACCCUACAGGCUUCUGGCCUCAGCCACAACAUCAACCGAGUGCUGGCAGUUCCUGCUCUCCUUCCCAGGAUGAACCAGGGCCAUGCCCAAGGCUUCGAGAUGGCGAGGAACCAAACCUCAGGACACUUCAUCUACCCUGGAAAUGCCAGCAUCCAGGGCUCCUGGAGACAGCUGGUGUUGCUGUUGAAGCUUUCUGGUCUGGUGUGGACUUCAGAUGAUCCGAGUGAGGAGAUUCUGGAAGGUGGUCCAGUUCCCUAGUGGAAUGGAAGGCAACCAAGACCAGGCACUGAUGCUGGGAGACCCAACCUGGGUCCAGCAGGUCAAGGAGGAAUUAUUUCAGCCGAUCCCCAAUCCCCAGGUCGCAGCAAAACCCUGAGACCCGCCCACACCUGUCCAGUGCUAAACAGUGCGGGACUCAGGGGAUCGGCAGUCUUGGCGCCAUGGGACAUCCACCGUUGAGCAGCACACUGGGUCCCAGAGGGGGUGGGAGGGUGAAGGUGGUGAGCAGUGCUGGCCUGUGAACUCCAGUGCCCUCCUGACUUCCUGUCUCUGCAGAAUGAACCAGGCCCCAUUUUUAGGUUCAGGGAACAAGGGUAACC